AAAAUAACUUAGGAAAUGACAACAUGCCAACAGGGCACGAGGAGAGACGUGGGAGUGGUUGGAGAUGAAAAGGGAGGGAGGAAGGGAGGGAGGAAGGUGUGGUGGACUAUAAAGCAUCCCUUGCAUCCUUUUCCAUCACUACAUCACUACUCUGACUUUUACUCCCGGUCUCUUCGAAUCAGCUUUGUCUCCUCGGCUCGCCACACCCCAGAGAGGGAGCAGCCCCACGUGAGUCAGGAGGAAAGCAGAACCAAUUCUCUGGGGUUCACCACGUCAGUGGAAACAAUCAUCAUGUCAGACAUCCAGAAGGCUAUGGCCCUCCUCAUCGGCGUCUUUGAUAAAUACGCAGGCAAGGAGGGGGAUCGGCACACCCUGACUAAGGGGGAGCUGAAAGAGCUGCUGCAGAAUGAAUUUGGUGAUCUGCUCGGGAAAACCAAUGACCAGGCGGCGGUGGACCGCCUCUUCAAGGGCCUGGACUCAAACCAGGACAACAGUGUGGACUUUAAAGAGUUUUCCAACAUGGUCAGCUGCCUCACCGUGCUGUGCCACGAACACUUCUGCAAAAAAUAGGGAUCCAAGCGCCAUCUUGGGGCCAGCACAGAGAGCUGCCCUCCUGUGAACGAGAUCCCGUGACCGCCGUUCUGUUGAGGAAUAAAUAUCUCCUAUUAACUAAAUCAACAUGAAGGCGCAAAAUAUUAUAUUGUAACGCACAAUGAAAUAAACAUAUUUCUUUGAAACACUCGAAA